GUUAAGCCGGAGCCUCGCACACUCAUCUACAAAUACACAAAUACACACACAUACGUGAUUUACUGAGAACAAGCAGGCAGAAGGCAGGGAACAGCCCAACGGUCCCUUUCUUCGUCCGUUCGCGUAUUUCACAGAGCCAAAUGCCCGGUCCGACCCAAGCUCUGUCCCCCAAUGGAGAGAACAACAACGACAUCAUUCCGGACAACAACGGCACCAACAUCAUUCCCUAUAGAAAAAACACUGUGCGCGGAGAGCGCGCCUACAGCUGGGGGAUGGCGGUCAACGUGUAUUCUACCUCAAUCACCCAGGAGACUAUGAGCAGGCAUGACAUCACGGCCUGGGUGAACGAUCUGGUCUGUCUUAACUACACUAAAGUAGAGCAGCUGUCAUCAGGAGCGGCGUACUGUCAGCUCAUGGACAUGCUGUUUCCUGGCUGUAUCAGUCUUAAGAAGGUGAAGUUCCAGGCCAAGUUGGAACAUGAGUACAUCCACAACUUCAAACUCCUGCAGGCAUCUUUCAAGAGGAUGAAUGUUGACAAGAUUAUCCCAGUAGAGAAGCUUGUCAAGGGACGAUUUCAAGACAACCUGGACUUCAUUCAGUGGUUUAAGAAAUUUUUUGAUGCCAACUACGAUGGUAAGGAGUAUGACCCGGUCCAAGCUAGACAGGGCCAGGAUGCCAUCCCUCCUCCAGAUCCCGGGGAGCAGAUCUUCAACCUGCCCAAGAAAUCCCUCCAUGCUGCCAGCUCUCCCACCGCAGGAGCCACAAGGUCAGCCACUACAACACCUAAAUCCUCCACCUCCACCGCCACCACCUCCACCUCUCGACCCUCCUCUGCCAAAAAGAUCCCUGUGAUGUCAGCGACACCCGCUAAGGGCGAGAAGGAGCUCGAAGCCCAAGUAACGCAAAUAAACGAACAGCUGAACACAUUAAAGCUAGCACUAGAGGGUGUGGAGAAGGAACGGGAUUUCUACUUUGGGAAGCUGAGAGAGGUUGAGCUGUUGUGUCAGGACCAGGGUCAGGAUAACGGCCCCUUCGUGGAGAAACUCAUGGAGGUGCUUUACUCCGCAGACGACCAGGACGCUGGUGGCGAAGAACACGAGGCUCUGGCUCAGGAGGAGGAUGUACCUGACGACACACAAGAUGAAUACUGAACAGCUGUCAGUCAAUUGGAGCUGUCAAUCAAACGGACACCCGACAAACAUACACCCAGCCAGUGAACUGCUUUUGGGUUAUACAUUUCCCCACACUCAUGACGGUUUAAUGUUCAUUUGCUCUUUCGAUGAAGGACUGAGACAAAUUGGCAAAAUUGGAGACAAAAAUCAUCAUUUACUUUUUUUUUGUCCUAUUUUAUCAUUUUAAUUUUGAAGCCCUUACGUACAUGUUUCCUGACAACGGCUUAAAUGACAACUAUGUCACAGCGCAAAUGCAUUACAUUUUUAUUUUGGCUGAAACAAGUUGUUUUUUUUAGACUUACAUUGUCUGUAACGUAGUUCAAUGGAAAGGAAGAGGCGAGAACCGGCUUGGCAAUGUAAAUAAUAGUUUAAUUGGUAAACUGAAACAAAAGACAAACACACACACACACACACGACGGACAUGUCUGUAAACUAUCUCUCUCUCUCGUCGCACCACCUUCUGCCAUUGGCCUUUAUCCCUCUCGGAGGCUUAAUUAGCCUGAUAAGGGACUGGAUGUGUAUAAUCACAACCCGGCCCCGCCCUCCGCCCUGCCACAUAGCCUAAUGAAGGAACAUUGGCCAUUUUAUUCUGUGCGAUUUCUGCUCUUGUUUUAUACUGUUUGUGUUACUUUGAGGUUUUAAGUUUGUCAUGUCAGAAAUUUGCAAUAAGAGUAGUCCAUUUGUGCUGUAAAAAUACCACUUCCUAUUGGCUUCUUUACAAAUAUUGUCCAUGGUAACCAUAGUUUGUGCCAAAAUACCAUAGUUCCUACAGUUAUUGGUACUUCAGUAAAACUAGUAACUUGGUAUUGGUCACCAAUGUAAUAAAAAAUUUAUAAAAUGAAAUAAAUGAAUAAAUAAAUAAAUGUAUGAUUAUUAAAAACAUUCUUCGCUGUAAUUUAACCAUGAUUUAUUUUGGUUUUACAGUAGUAAAAAUAACUGCUAUAACUUUGGUAUUUUGGAGGAAAUUGUGGCUACCAUUGUAAAUUUUAAGCACUGCUGCUUUGCAGCAAAAUUAAUCAUGGUUCUAUGCAUGGGAAUUUAAACCCAUGAGAUUAGAAAUUAUAUUUUAUUUUAUGGCUAACAGUGUCUCUACUUCACAGGGGUGAAAGCCAAUCACAAUGUAUGAUUGAAAUCAUUUAAUUUUAAACUGUUUAUUCCGUACUCUGCGACUAGACAUGUUAUGUUUUAUUUUAUACAGACAAUUAUAAAAACAACCGUCAUCUGAAGAACACAAUGCAUAUUGCAGUUUUUUUAAUUGUUGUUCUUAAAGCACAUGUCUCAGCUGAAGAUUCUCGUGAUCUGAUACCCAUCAAUAUUCUCCACAGGUCAACGCUUAUGUCAUUUAUUAUUGUGUACAAUUAAAAGGAAUGUAAACAUGUACUGUUAAUAAUUAUAAAUAGACAAUGUUUUUUUCUUUUUAUUUCCCUCACUGUAUCUCCCUUUAUGCAUUCCCUAAAUGUGUUGCAUGUUUGCAUUUUAUUUGUGUAAAACUUGACCUGCUUUUUACAUAUUUAAUAAAAAAGAUAAACAAACUAUCAUUUUUGUAUGUUUAACUUGCUGUUUAACAUCUCUGGAGAUACAUGGAUAGACUUGCCCUAAUAAACCCUUCCACUUU